AGACGGUCUGGUAAGGUUCCUUUGAUGUCUUGGUUCUGCCGACCCCUGCAUUCCAUGGGGCAUAAAGACUUAACGAUGAUCUGUUAAUUGAGAUAAGCGACCAACCGGUGGGAACUCAUCUGGUAAUUAGUAUCUGCUGUACGGCGAAGUUUUCGUUUCUGUGUCUGCUGCAGGUGCUGCUGGACUUUGUUCUGGCUUUAGGCGAGUUCGUUUGCUCUCACGAGUUGCGUGGCAAGAGAAGCGCGCAGGUUGUACGUCUUCUUGCGCGACAACCUUGGCAGGUGAGUUGUUCUUCGCGAAAUUGCUUAUAGGCUCGUCUGGACGUCAGCUACAGCGUUAAAGCUAGCAACACGACGAGCAGUCUGUCCUACACUUCACUGGCUUCCGUACUGUCACGUACGGAAGUUGCGUGAUCAUGCACUUCCUAGUAUGUCACUGGUGACGGUGAUAUCCUACGUACUGUACGUCAGUAGCCAAAGUGAACAGGGUUUGACGUACUUUUGCGAGAGAGAAGAGUAUGGCCGGGCUAACGAGGUAACGUGUUGUGCGUGGGUUGUGGACGUUUUUGCGUGGGGUUUGUUGUUGUCAACCGUUGCUUUCAGUUGUCUGUAUAUAUAUGGCUUUGUAUUCGUUGGUUGGGGACAGUUUGCAGUACCAUUCUCGUCAAUUAUAUUAAAUGUAAUGUACAUGUCUGGUCAAAUGCUGGUGAAAGAUACUCAACUGGAGGUGGCCAUAGAGGAAACUAGAAUAGCAAUGUCAUACACAGAGUUGAAAGAAAAACAAAGAGAGGCCAUCACUGCAUUUGUGCGAGGAAGAGACACCAUUGUACUGCUGCCAACAGGCUAUGGGAAGUCGAUAAUAUUUAGUAUGCUGCCUUUAGUGUUUGACAAACUGAAAGGUUGCAAAGGUAGUAUAGUAGUUUGUGUCAGUCCGCUAACAUUCCUCAUGAUGGAUCAGCGAACAAAACUAUCUCCUAGAGGAAUUUCAUGUGAGUUUGUCGGUGAGGCACAGUGCAAUGAAACUGUAAUAAAGGAGGUGCUAUCAGGCAGAGUACAGCUUGUUUUCAUCAGCCCUGAAAACCUUAUCGGAAACCCCUUGUACAGAAAUAUGCUUCUGAAACCAAGGUAUAAAGAGAAUUUGGUGGCACUGGUUGUUGAUGAAGCACACUGUAUCAAGACAUGGGGAAAUGACUUUCGUGUUGCCUUUGCACACAUUGGUGAUAUCAGAAGUGUAAUUCCUGAGGAAGUGCAUGUAAUGGCUGUCACAGCAACUGCUACACGUUCUACAUAUGACUGCAUACUUCACUGUUUGUCAAUGAACGAUGUUGCAGUUAUUGCAUUGCCACCCAAUAGGAGUAACAUCCAGUACUCAGUGCAGACCAUGACGACAAUUGAGGACUUCAGUGCUACCAUGUCAAGCCAACUUAUGAAGGAAGGCACUGAUAUGGUGAAGACAGUGGUAUUUUGUCGGAAAUACCUUGACUGCACAAUGCUGUAUUUCAGUCUGAAGAGGAAGUUAGGCAAGUACCUGACACAACCAGUUGGGGCUCCAAACCUACAGGAGUUUCGUCUAGUUGACCUGUACACGAGUGCAUCAACAGUAGAAAUGAGGGAGAAAUUACUAACAACAUUUGCUAGGGCGGAAAGUACACUGAGGCUAUUGAUAGCAACAACAGCAUUUGGAAUGGGAGUGGACUGCAAAGACAUUUAUAGAGUUUUUCACUGGAGCCCUCCCAGAGAGAUUGAAGAAUAUGUACAGGAGACAGGGCGUGCCGGGCGUGAUGGGCAUAGGUCCCAAGCCAUCUUAAUAUAUGGCAACGUACACAAAACCGUUUCAUCAAGAAUGAAAGACUAUGGAGAGAAUAGUGUUUGCUGUCGCAGAGAAAUGCUUUUUUCUGACUUUAUGUUUAGUGUAGACAAGGACCCAGUUGCAGGAUGCCAGUGCUGUGAUGUUUGUGCAAUGGUUUGUAGACAUGAAGAGUGUUCUUAAUUUGAUCGAAUGUUGUUAGCGUGA